AUGAGCCUUGCUCUGUUCUUUUUUUUUCCAUGUAGCGCUGUGGCACAUUUCAGUGUGAGUUAUUCAACAGUGAAACCGUUUUUCGUCUCGAGAUAUUUUCUGUUUCUAGUCCAUGCUCCUUUAAUAAGAUUUCGAAGUUUAACAUCAAACUCAGUGAUUUUCAAGGUAAAAUAGGUUCUUUUCAGAACUUUCUUCUGACUUUAAUGAGAAAAAGUCGGUCUCUCGAUUCAAAAUAACAUUGAAACGGCUUUCGUCUCGAGAUAUUUUCUGUUUCUAGUCCAUGCUCCUUUAAUAAGUUUAUGAAGUAUCCAGCUCCAAAAUCUUAGUGAUUUCCAAACGAAAAACGAAUUUUUCCAGCCCAUCGACCCUUCCUAUUUCGAGCUUCCUCCCUACCUACCUUUCGUCGAAAAAAGCUCGAUAACUGCUACGUGGGAGCCGAUCAAAUUCCGAGUUUUCUACGGGAAAACUGUGGACAGGUGUGAUACCUGUUCUUGUUCAUUCUUACUUUUAAAAAAGCUUUUAAAUUUGAAUUUCCCGCCAAGAAAUGUGUCGCAACUUUGUCCAGAGUUACAGAAGAAACAAAAAACUUAGGAACGCCUGAGUGGUCCCUUUAGGGGUCAGAGGAAAAUCAGUCCCUCAAGGGCUUAGGAGGCCAAUAAAGCGGUAUAAUGUCUGACUCCCCAGUCCCUAAAGCUCAAGUAGUCCCUAUAGGGGUCUUUUAAUUUAUUUUCCUUGUGUAGAGACGUGUAGAAAUUAAUAUAAUGUUUCCCUAGAGUGGCCACUUUUGGAAGAUUCAGUGCCCUCUGAAAGGAUCAGUAGAGAUAGUAGUACUACAGUACCCAAAGCUACCGUAGUACUACAGUAAUAUGAUAAGGAUCCUAGUGGAGUGUGUCCCCUCCUACAGUAAUACUACAGUACUAAUACAAUAAGACUAUAGUAGUACUACACUCCCAAAGCUACCGUACUACUACAGUAUCACCGUGGUAUGAUAGAGAUUCUAGUGGAGCGUGUUCCCUCUUACAGUCAUACUACAGUACUAACACAGUAAGACCAUAAUAGUACUACAUUACCCAGAGCUAGCGUACUACUACAGUAAUACCGUGGUAUGAUAGGGAUCCUAAUGGAGUGUGUUCCCUCUUACAGUAAAACUACAGUACUAACACAGUAAGACUAUAGUAGUACCCCAUUACCCAAAGCUACCUUAGUACUACAGAAUAUAAUGUAUUAGUACUGUAGUCUUACUGUAGGAAGGGACAUACUCCACUGGCAUCCUACAAGUACCAUACGGUAGCUUUGGGUACUGUAAUACUAAUAUAGUCUUACUGUGUUAGUACUGUAGUCUUACUGUAGGAGGGGACACACUCCACUAGGAUCCUACAAGAACCAUCAAGAGGAACCACUCUUCCUACAAAAAAAAGUCUAAAAAAUCAAAAUAUUCAGCCUCUCAUCCGCCGAGCAGACUUUCCUCAAAAAAGGCGUUCAAGAUACGAUUAGAUUUUAUGAAAGUUUUGCGAAAGUCAACCGCGACAGCGUUGGCCUCACGUUACCUUACAAGUUGGUCAAAAUUUUUAAACUUUAAAUAUUUUUCGAUUGAAGUUGUCAAAAGGCAAUUUGCCGAAAAACCGUAAAUUGCCAAAAAACGGUCGACCUCUUUCCCGAUGACGUCAAGUUUGUUGGGGUUAGUCUUGGAAAUUAUCCGUGGAGCGCACUUUCACUUGAAUUUUUGGCUCACCGAGCGUUCGAGCUAACAGAGUCUUCUGGGAAAGUUUUUAGUGGCCACUAUAGGGUUUUAACGUUUUAGUAGUCACUAUAGUAGCCAAAUUCGUGGCCACUUAAGGGGUUAAAAAUUAGUGGCCACUAUAGAGGGUUAAGUGCUACAACUAGACCACUUAGUGGCCACUUUAGGGGUCAAUGGAUCAACAUAACUGGUUGUUUUUAAAAUUAUCAAAGUUACUGGAAGGAAUACUGGAUGAAAAACUACUGAAGUGGCCACUAAAUAUAGAACCUCUAUAGUGGCCACUUUAGUGUCCCCUCCAAGUAGUCCUUGGCGAGCCUCUAUAGUGGCCACUAAAAAUUUUCCCAGUAACUUUGAAAAUUCAUAUUUUGGCUCACAAGGAGGUCAUUUUACUUUGCGGUUGGGAUUUCCCUGAAAAUUUCCAGUCGCAAGGUAAAAUGACCUCCUAUGUCAGGUAUAUCCCAAAAAAGUUAAAAAUAAUCAAUUUUCCUUGACCAGUAUUUACAAACUAUUUUUGAGAUCCUAAUUUCUAAAAUGAUUUACGAAAAUUUCAGAAAAAAAAUUUUUUAGUGUCAUCCGGGCCAGCCAAGAUGUACGGACAAAACGGUUCCUGUGCCCAUGAAAAAUGUGAGAUUUUCCAUUUUAUCAGAAGAAAUAUAUUGGCAAUUUUGAAGGUAGACAUGGUUAUUUUGGUUAGCAUCAAGUCUGGGGAUGGGACCACAGUGGCCACCUGUGCUCCCUGUUCUCGGGCCUUUGAUCGGAGGUUUUUUUUUCGCUUUUUUUGGACCUUUAAGGCUUGAAAACAUGUGAAAUUCGACUUUUUUUGGUCAUAUUGUUUUUGAAGUUCCUGAGGCUUUUCCUGCUUUUUUUUUUUGGACCUUCAAGGCUUGAAAAAAUGUAAAAUUCGCCUUUUUUCUGUCCUACUUUCUUUGAAGUUCCGGAACUGUAUUUUUUUUGCAAUUUUCGGGGCCUUUGAACUUCAAAAGGCCUUUUUUCCUGCUUUUUUUGGACCUUCAAAGCUUAAAAUCAUGUGAAAUUUGACCUUUAUCGGUCCUACUGCCUUCGAAGUUUCUUAGCUAUUUUUUUUUUUGCUAUUUUCGGGACUUUUGAACUCAAAGAAGCCUUUUUUCCUGCUUUUUUUAGUGCCUUCAAGGCUUAAAAACAUGUGAAUUUCAACAUUUUGUGGUUCUACUUUCUUUGAUCUUUCUAAGGCUUUCUUCUCCUUUUUUGCCUUUUUGCACUUCUAGGCUUUUAGAAGUGAAUAUUUCGAUUUUUUGUCAUUUUUGUCUUUUUUUUCUGUACAUUUUUGAAAAUUUCUGCAGAUUUUUCCAAUUUUUCUGUACCCCCGAAGCUUGGAAAGACAUACAUUUUGACAUUUUUUUGUCACACUACUUUUAAAUUUUCUGAGACAUUACUUUUUUCUGUUUUUUUGGACCUUUUAAACCUGUGAACUUGCAAAAUAUCAAUUUAUUGGUCCUUUUUGCGCUUUUUUUCAGGCUUUCAAGGUUGAAAAUAUAGGAUUUGACUUUUUUUUGGAACUUCAAAGCUUGGAAACACGUAAAAUUCGACUUUUUUCGGUCCUACUGUCUUUGAAGUUCCUGAGCUGUUUUUUUUUUGCUAUUUUUGGGACCUUUGAACUUUAAAAACCCUUUUUUCUGCUUUUUUAAACCUUCGAAGCUUAAAAACAGGUGAAAUUCGACUUUUUUCUGUCCUACUACUUUUGAAGUUUUUGAGGUUUUUCUCUUGGGUUUUUUUGGACCUUUAAGGCUUGAAAAAAUGUAAAAUUACACAUUUUCUGGUUCUACUUUUUUUUUUCGCUUUUUUUGCUUUUUUCAAAACAUUCAAGCAUGAAAACCUGUAUAAUUUGAAUUUUUUUUUAAGUCCAUUUACCUUUAAACUUUCUGAAGAACUUCUCCGAGUUUUUUUAGACUUUAAAGCUUGAAAAAGACAUAAAAUUUGACUUUUUUCGGGUCUUUUGAGAUUUCUUAAUGCCUCUAUUGUCAUUUUUUUGGACUUUUUGAAGUAUGAAAAAAAUUAUAGAAUUUUACCUUUUUUUGGCCCUAAAAGCGCUCAUUUUUCUCGCUUUUUGGACCUUUGAAGCUUGAGAAGAUGAUAAAUUUGACUUUUUAUUGGUCUAUUAUUUUUUUAAAUUUUCAUUAUUUUUUUCCUUUUUUUCGGCUUUUUAAAGCAUAGGAGAAUGUAAAAUUCCACUUUUUUGACUAGAUUAUUUUUGAAUUUUCUGAUUUUAUGCCCUUUUUAGGACGUUAGAAGCUUGAGAAGUUGAAAUUUGACCUUUUUGGAGGCUUUUUUGCGUUUUUUUAAGUGACCUCUUAAGGGUUUUAACCUUGAAGAGUUCAAAAAUUCGUAAAAAUGUCAAAAACCGUGUUUGCAGACCCUCAUCCGCCCUACUUACCGUAUACCGGGAAUCGCUCAAAAAUUACAUGAGCCGCAAGAUUUUCGUAAGGACUUUUUUGUCUCUGCCCAUGGAUCCCCGCAUGAUUUUCCAGUCCCGUAGUGGUCUCUACGACACGAUUGUCCACGAAGUGGCCCAUGCCCUUUUUUUCCACGCCGAUCUGUACAAGGAUUAUGUCGGUUACGAUCAGAAGCACCUCAUUUCGACGACCCGUCAUCAGGCCUAUCCGGAGCUCGUUGGAAAGGCCCCGGUAAUCAUUUUUGGGCUCUCUUUUAAAGUUGGAAAAAAUAGCUCAAGUGUUUAAAGAAGCGUGAAAAACCGUUUGGGUCUAACUGCUAUCCAGAAUGUUUGAGAAAAAAAAAAAAAAAAUUAAUCUCCUUUUUUACUGACCUUUAACAGUUGCCUGCACUGAAAAAUCGCUAAAAAGAGAUAUCAAUAUUUAAAAAAAUAUAAAAAAAUGGUUGAGUUUAUCCCUUGAACUUUGAGUGUUUUUCACGAUUUUUCCGUUUCCGAGGAUUACUGUAAGUGAGAGUCCGCAAUUUGGCGUGUGCACUUUGCGUGUAUGCACAUUUUCCGAAUUUUUCACAUUUUUUUCUAAAUUUUUGCAGAAACUAUUAUUAUGACUCAUUUCUAAAAAAAUUUCAAAAUUUCAAAAAUUGGGAGAUCGACGGCUCACAGUGCAAACACAAAAAGUGCAGACGUCAAUUUGCGUACUUUUACAUACAGUACUCCUCGGAGAAGAAAAAUUCGCUCUUUUCUUAGCAUUGACUAUUUUUUGACAGAAGGUGGAGUUCAUCCGCUGAACUUUGAGUGUCUUUUACGAUUUUUCCGUUUCCGAAGAUUACUGUAAGUGAUAGUCCGCAACUUGGCGUGUGCACUUUGCGUGUUUGCACAUUUUCCGCAUUUUUUGCUUUUUUUUCUAAAUUUUUGCAGAAAUUAUUAUUCUGACUCAUUUCUAAGAAAAAAAUUUUCAAAAUUUCAGGUGGUCGACCUCCCAAUUUUUGAAAUUUUGAAGCUCAUGGUGCAAACACGCAAAGUGCAGACGUCAAAUUGCGGACUUUUACAUACAGUACUCUUCGGAAAAGAAAAAUUCGCUCUUUUCAUAGCAUUCACCUUAUUUAUGACAGAUUCACUCUGAUAGUCAAUUGCCAAAUUGACUAUCAGAGUGAAUCUGUCAUGUGAAAAAAUGUGUUGCCUUUGAUUCGCUACAAAAAAAUUUUUUUUCCUCACAGGACGAGAAAAUUCACGGAAUCACAUUCCGGAACACCUUGCGCGCAGCUAGGAAUUACUACGGCUGUAGCAGUUUGAAAAUGGUCGAGCUGGAAAAUAAUGGCGAUCCGGGCAGUUUUAUGGGCCACUACGAGUCGGAUUUUGCACCGGUAGGCGGGGAAACUUUGAAAAAAAGCCGCGAAAAGUUCAGUUUGAAACGAUGCGACCUGACGAAAUGAGCAUGAAAAUGUCGUUUUCGAACAUGUCGAUGGCUUUGAUGGAGGACUCGGGAUGGUACCAAGUGGACUACUCGUUGGUUUUUGAUUUACUCUGACUUGUCUGCGCCCUCUUUUCCCUCAUAGCAGUAACAAGAAAAUAGCACUUGGAUACCAGAGUGCGCAGAGAAAUAGGACUGUUAUCGAGGGUUCCGCAAAAUGUUGGCCGCAUUUGGAAUGGCUCGAAGCCUGGCGGUCGCGUUGGGCCCAUAACCAUUCCAAAUGCGGUCAGGAAAAAGCUCAGAGCCGAUAUAGAACAACCAAAAAUGAUGAAAAGAGGGAAAAUGUUACAAAAAAAAAUGCCGCAUUUGAAAUGGCUCGAAGCGUGGCGGUCGCGUUGCAUCCAUAGCCAUUCCAAAUGCGGUCAGGAAAAAAGCUCAGAGGCGCAUAUAGAAGAACCAAAAAAUGAUGAAAAGAGGAAAAAGUCUCACAAAAAAAAAAUGCCGCAUUUGGAAUGGCUCGAAGCGUGGCGGUCGCGUUGCGCCAUUCUGAAGACUCAGUCUAACGAUUUUCAAUACGUUUUAGCGCAAAUUUGUUUUGAGUCGGUUGCGUUGGGGCAACUUGAUAUCUUAAUCUCAUGAUUUUCAAUACCCUUUGGCGCAAGUUGUUUCAAGUCGGUCGCGUUUUGAAACAGCCGUUACGCAGAGAGCCAAUCCAAGUGCGAUUUCUGAUAAUUUUUUUGCUUUCUGCGUUUUGAACUGUACCUAUUCUUAUUGCUUUUCUGAAAAUUUUCCGUCUCAAGUUUGAAUUUUUUUUUUAUUUGUUUCUGUCUGGCUUGUAAGGUCUAUAGAUAUGAUGUAUUCAUGGAAAACUGAUUUAUUAAUUGAUCUAUUGAUUUAUUGAUUGAUUUGUUGAUUGAUCUAUUGAUUGGUAUACUGAUUGAUAUAUUGAUUGAUCUACUGUUUGAUAUAGUGUUUGAUUUAUUUAUUGAUAUAUUGAUUGAUAUAUUGUUUGAUUGAUUGAUUGAUCGAUUUAUUGAUUGAUCUAUUGAUUGAUAGAAAUAUUCAGAAAACAUGAAUUCAUGGCUCCGCUCCCCGGGGCGAAAGGCUGCAACACUGUCGGCUCGUGUCAUUUACGUCAACUUGAGAAAAAAGAGUGGGUUUUUCGCUUCGAAAAGAUGACUUUUUCGACAUUUUUUCCCUUUGAAAAGGUUGUGGUCCUCCAAAAUGAAAAUAAUCUUAAAAAUUUAACAUAUUUUUUCAUAGAGCACAUUCCUGUUUCAACGAUUUCAAUUCUCACUAUGCGCGCGACAACAGAAAGCACUCCAUGGCGCAAUGUACCACUUGGAGGGUUCGAAAUCGAAAUUUAUAUUCUUUUCAUUUCCAUGCACCUUUUCCAGGUCUUCAAUUGCAAAGAUUACGGGACGAAUAUCAAGGUUUGAAAUUUUUGACAGGCUCAUGAAAGCCGUGCGCAGGUUUUGAAAAUAUCUCUGACUCUCCAAGUUUUAGUUAUCUUUUCAUUUCUCUAACGGUUAUUUUUGACUUUACAUGAAUACUCUUGAAAAAAGAGCUCUUAGGAAUUAUUGAUUUUUGAGGACCAUAACUUUUUUCCUUGACAUCCGCGGUCAUUUUUAAGACCAGAUAUGAAAUCAGCGUAAAAAACUACCUCUAGGAAACUUUUUUUUUGUCAAAGUUUUGGCUGUGUCGAGGCGGCGUCGCAACGUCGCGCGCGAUGUCGCGUGAGAUGUCACAAUGUCGCGUGCGAUGUCGAAAUAUCGCGCGCGAUGUCGAAAUGUCGCGCGCGAUGUCGCAAUGUCGCGUGCGAUGUCGUAAAGUCGCGCGCGAUGUCGCAAUGUCGCAGUGUCUUAAAACUUGUCCGAACGCUCUACGUACGCUUUAGAAACGUCAGAAGGGCCAUUUUUCAGAAAAAAAAACUUUUUUUCAAGCAGUUCAUGAAGCAAAACUGUAGUAAAACUGCAAAAUUUUUGGACUGCGAGAAAAUCUUUACUUUUCAAGUUCAAACCGGAAGUUAUUUUUUCAUACAGAACUACCGGUGCUUGCCCCACGUCGGCUCGACGACCGUCAAUCUUCAUGGCUCUUUUGUCCAGGACGAAAACGGAAAAGCCGUCAGCGAAAUGUCCUACGACGUUUCUGGGUGCUUUGAGGUGCCUUUUUGGAGUCUUUGCCGACUUUUUAAACUACUAAAAAAAUUGAUGAAUUAUACGUCUAUAAUUUAUUUUUUUCGACAGAAUUUCGAAAAAUUGUCUGAUUUUUUUAGAGACGAGGCUAGAAAUUGGCUUUAAAAAAAUCGCUGACCAAGUGAAAAAAAUCCCUAUAUUUUUUUCCUCUGAAAAAGUCUUUUCUCCAAGAAUUUUUUUUCCCUAAGUUCUCUCUUUAUACGAAACAUUUUAAAUUAGAAACAUUUUUUUCGAUUUUUUAUGAUAAAUAUUCUCGCAUUUUUCAAGGUAACUUGUGACCGCGACCACGUCGUUUUCAAGGCUCAAGGCAAAAAGUACGGAUGCAGAAAGGAAAAUGAAGUUAUCACUGUUCGAGAGGCAAUAAUACAAAUCAUAUUUUGAAGAAAUCGGGACUUUUUCCAGAAUUAUGACAGAAAUAAUCAGUGGCCUGCUUUCGGGACGACUCUCCUAUCGAGUGUGAGUUUAUAGAAAUUGGAAAAAUCGGAAAAAUGACAUUUUUUAGGCUUUUUCAGGACUUUAAAACGAAAAAAGGCUCAUGAACUUAUCCGAAAAAUCCGAAUAAAAGCUGAAAAAUGGCAUUUUUGAGGCAUAUUUUCAGGUCUUUGGAAUGAAAAAGGGUUCAUGAAUUUGUGGAAAAUUUGAAAAAAGGCUUAAAAAACUGAAAUUUCAAAGUUUUUGGAAUGAUAGUGUAGCCAGAUGAUAUACGAAAACGAGAGAGACGGUAAAAUGAAGAGAGGCCAGACGAAUAAAGAUUUCUGACUUCUCUAGAGCCUCUACAGCCGUUGUUGAUCUCUUGAUGGUCGGAACUUAGAGGCGAGAGAUCAAGAGACACCAGAGAAGUCGGCGUGCUCUCUUUCUCUGGACUCUCUUCACGUCACUGUGAUCUCUCGCUUUCAAAAAAUAUACCAGGCGAGAGAUCAACGAUAGCUUGAAGAGACGCCAGACAAAAGAAUUUCUCUCUUUCUCUAACUUCUCUUCGAGUCGCUGUGAUCUCUCGCUUCCGAAACAGGAAAGCAGACGAAAAACAGUUCCAGGCGAGAGAUCAACGAUAGCUUGAAGAGACGCCAGACAAAAGAAUUUCUCUCUUUCUCUGGCGUCUCUUCAGGAUGUCGUUGAUCUCUCACAUAGGCUCUACCUGUACCUAGUUUUCCAUAGAAAAGUUUGCAAACGAGAGAGCAGAGCCGCCUGAAGAGACGCUAGAGAUUUCUCUCUUUCUCUAGCGUCUCUUCACGCCGUUGUUGAUCUCUCGCAGUGUGCCUAGUUUUCAAUAGAAAAGCUUGGAGACGAGAGAGCUGAGUCGCUUGAAGAGACGGCAGAGAUUUUAAGUUUCUCUCUUUCUCUAGCGUCUCUUCACGUCGUUGGUGAUCUCUCGCAGUGUGCCUAGUUUUCAAUAGAGAAGCUUGUAAACGAGAGAGUAGAGUCGCUUGAAGAGACGGCAGAGAUUUCUCUCUUUCUCUAGCGUCUCUUCACGACGUCGUUGAUCUCUCGUCUAGGCUCUUCCUGUGCCUAGUUUUCCAUAGAGAAGCUUGGAAAGGAGAGAGCAGAGUUCCUUGAAGAGACGCCAGACAUUUCUCUUUCUCUAGACUCUCUUCAGGGCGCCGUUGACUUUCCGCCUUAACUUUCAUAUAAAGAUUCUAAAAAACUUAUAAUUUUUAUUGUAAGACUCUAAAUUUCUACAGAGCUUUGGAACAACCUACACGGUGAUCCGGAAAAUUCGUUGCCCGGAUUUCUGCAAGGUGUGCGAGUCACACCCUCACUGCAAAACGGGCCGACCCUUGAGAGCCCGACCUUUGCCUCCGACCGAGUCUCCGCCUAGUGACGCCGAAGGUCUGUAGAUGUCACUGAAGGAUGCAUGUAGAAUGGCUCGGGGCGUUGCGGUCGCGAAGCGGUCCAAGUCUGAAGCUCGUAUGGGGAUCUAUAACUUCUAGGGAGAACUAGGUCCACUGGAACUAGGUUUCAAACUUCAUCCAGUGUGAUAACCCAUCAUCAGAAAUGCGGACGCAACUUUUUGAGCCGUUCCCUGUAGCCGGGUUACGGUAGGCAGCCUGCGUAUCUAAGUGGUCAAGGGUUUUUACUAGGCAAGUGAUAUAUCAAUCGAUAGGUAAACCAAUUUUUAAAAAUUUUCAGUAUAUACCGUAACAGGUUACUGUAGAAAUUUUUUGAGAUACGGUAUUUUUUGUAGAUAUAUGUGUGUGAUCAGGAAAUUUAAGAGGCGAUCGGCUCGAUCAAAGACCAAGUGAUGAGUGUCUUCAAUUCCACAAAUCGUCUUAUUUUCUCUUCUUCUCUUUUCUCUCUCGUCAUUUUUCUCAUCACUGCUGUUUAG